UUGUACACCGAAGCUUACAAAUUUUGCUACAUACAUCAACAACUGUUUAUUCCUGUACAUUUUCCUUCAUUCGGCUAAACCUUAUAAUUAACACAUACUGUAUUCCGCAUUAUUCUCUUUGUGUAACUGCCUUCCCAUCUGCACAUAGGUGAUAUGUCGGCCAAUUUGAGUGGAUCUACUCCUACUCCAACGCAAUCGCUGUUGCAUAGCCCGGUUCUACCGAUACGUACCUCACCACGUGAGAAGUCCGUAAUAUUUCUGGCAGAGCCAUCCUAUCGCGCUACGAAGAUCAAAUGGACUGGAACUAUGGAUCAAGUUUUGUUUGACACCUUGAUUGAGCAAAUUGCGCUAGGUAGAAAGGGAGAUAAUGGCUUCAAACGAGAAGCAUAUCAAGUGGCCGCCGACGCGGUCCAUAGACGUACAUAGAUACUUCUUACCUGGAAAAAUGUUCAAAAUAGAUUGAGGUAUCACAAGAGGGAGUACGGUGAUAUAAAGGACAUGCUGGUUGUGAGCGGUUUCGGUUGGGACAGUGAGCACAUGGUGGUGACGGCCCCGGACGAGGUUUGGGAGGAAUAUUUAAAGUGUCAUCCGCGAGCUGAGAGGUUGCGCAGCAAGCGAAUUGAGCGGAUGGAUGAUUUAUCGGUGAUUGUCGGGUCAGACCAGGCGACGGGCAGAUAUGCACAAGGAAGUUGGAACAUUGUGGCAUCCACGUCUCGUGUUUAUAGAGACCUGAAUGAUUCGUGGAGAGAGUUGGACGAUGAUACAGAUGCUACCGUGGACCUAUCUGAGGAAAACCUCGAUGAAUCACCUGACAUAUUUGGCCGAUCAACUGACAGUCAGACAAGGGAAAAUAGGUCGUUUCAGGACAGACCCACUCGUAGAACCGAUUCUGAUAGUAGUCAUGGUGGAAGUGCAACAACAAAAAGGAUGCGACCUGCUUGACCAUGUGAUGUCGUAGGCUUAUCUCUCACGAGUGUCGCAGAGGCAAUGCGUAACUUCUCUGUUGGAAAGGAUGUCAACCGAACAUGAUGUGUUUUAGACAUACUGGAAGAGGUUUAGGGGCUAACCAAUGCUGAAUUUAUUGAGGUUGGU